CGCCCGUUCGUUUCGAUUGUGCUGCUUCUGACCCUGCGCAGUGGUUCUGUGCGGAGGCUUUUUGUCCCGCAGGGCUGUGGUGCGAUUGAUAACCCUCUCAGCUUCCUUCAGAAAUCCCUUUGUUAUUGCAAAUACUUACUCCUUGUUAUACUACAACCUGUUACCUCUUGGCGCCGCGCAUUAAUCUCAAGGCGCCAAACUAAAUAGCCUCCUUGGUACCACAGCUUUCAUUGGUUUGUAGGCGGGGAUACUGUGGGAAAAGGCUGCAGUAUCUACCCACAGGCAGGUGUUACAAUGGCCGCAACUACUUCCAACGAGCCCGAAAAGAAAGAGGACAUGGUGUGUGAGGAGGCGGAUAGUAACCAAGAGGAUAGCACGGCGGGGGAUGAGGCGGACGGAUCUGUAAAUGUGCAGAAUAAAGCGGAGGAAGACGAAGCGGUAAACGUGGGCAGCACCUAUCAGUGCAAGAAAGCCGACGGCUCUCUGCAUGAUGCUGAGGUUGUGAAGACCAGAAUAAAUAAGCAGCUUGGCAAAGAAGAGUACUAUGUGCAUUAUAUCGGCUUGAAUCGUCGCCAAAAUGAGUGGGUGGACAAAACACGUUUGGUGUUGACCAAAGCAGAAGCAAAGGAAGAAGCAAAGGACGAGGCAAGCGGAAAUGAUCAGGAGAUAACCGAUGCCGUGGAACCGGCCAAUGGAAAGACUCCCCAAGGACAAAAGAGGAAACUUGAGGAACAGGAGCCUGAAACAAAGAAAACCAAAGUGGAAGUUACGGAUGCUGCGCCCAACUCUGCACUGGUGGGGUCAGCUGGAGAUUUUGCAGAGGAGCUGACGUGUCGCUUGUGUGUUGAGCUUUUCAAAGACCCAGUGAUGGUGGAAUGCGGCCACAAUUUCUGUAAGGCCUGCAUUGAGAAGGCUUGGGCUGGCCGGGAUUCCUUUUCCUGCCCUGAAUGCAAGGAGGUGAUCAAUGACAAGAAAUAUACCAUCAACAGAGCCCUGGCCAACCUGGUGAAGAAGACCGCAGCAGCACCUGUGAUUUCAAUAGAGAAAAAGGAGAAACCACUGGAGAACUGUGCUGAGCAUGACGAGAGGCUUAAGCUUUAUUGUAAAGAUGAUGGCACCCUUGGGUGCAUUAUAUGCCGCGACUCUCUCAAACACGCCAGCCACAACUUCCUGCCCAUUUUAGAUGCAGUGGCUGUGUACAGGGAGCAGCUUGCUGCCAUUGUUGCCCCAUUGGAAGCAUCGCUGAAAGUGAGUGAACAGGUUGUAGGCCAGCAAAACGAGAAGAUUGUGCAGCACAAGAACAACAUAUGUGAAUACAAAGACCACAUUGCAGCAGAAUUUGAGAGGAUGCAUGAGUUCUUGGAUGAGCGGGAGAAGGCUCUUCUAGAGCAGCUUCAACAACAAGGAGACGGCUUGCUCAAGGAAAUGGAGCAAAACAUGGUGAAAAUGCAAGAGAAUAUAGAUGGCAUUAAAAAAACUAUUGCUGUGGCUAAGGACCGCGUGGAUGAGACAGACUCUAUUUCUUUCCUCACGGACAUUAAAGCCUUCAUUGACAAGUGUCUUGAACAGCAGCGGGAGGUGGUAUCCUCAUCUGGGAAUACAUUACUAUCCAAAGAACUGUGUCAAGGAACCUUUAAAGGCCCCAUCCAGUUUAUUUUGUGGAAGGAAAUGAAGAAAUCCAUUGUUCCAAAUCUUUCAACAAUGUUGCUGGACCCAAGCACAGCUCACCCAAACCUGAUCCUGUCAGAUGGACUGACCAGCGUCAAGUAUGGCGAUAGUAAGCUCUCUGUCCCUGAUAACCCCAAGCGCUUUAGUCAGUGUAUUCUUGUCCUGGGAUCAGAGGGAUUCGAUUCUGGGCGCCACUACUGGGAAGUCGAUGUGGGAGACAAAACCGCGUGGGAUGUGGGAAUGGCAAGCGAAUCCAGCAACCGGAAAGGGAAGAUCAAGCUUAACCCCAAGAAUGGCUACUGGGCAAUCUGGCUGAGAAAUGGGAAUGCUUACAAGGCUCUUGAGUCCCCCUCCAAGACUCUUGUCUUGGCAUCCAAGCCCCGCAGAAUUGGAGUUUAUGUGGACUAUGAGGGGGGUAUGAUAUCUUUCUAUAAUGCAGACAACAUGACCCCCAUUUACACUUUCAAUGCUACCUUCACUGAGAAGUUGUACCCUUACCUUUCUCCAUUCCUGCAUGAUUCUGGCAGAAACGUGGAGUCUCUUCGUCUGGUCCAUAAUUAAUUUCCCAAAAAAGCCCAUUAGCAUAAUGAUUUCUGUGCCUACAGUUUUCCGUAUGAGAUUUAAACUGGCAAAUGUAAGCUA